AUGUCGUACAAACGAUCCCGGUCGACUUACGAGGCCGACCGUCCGUCCUCCUCCUUUGUCACGUUCGGCACCCCACUACCCGACGACUCCUCCACCCGCGACGAUGGCUCUUACGUGCCCCUAUGGAAGCAAGACGUGAGGGACGACCGCGGCCGCAAGCGUCUCCACGGCGCCUUCACCGGCGGCUGGAGCGCGGGGUACUACAACACCGUCGGCUCCAAGGAGGGCUGGACACCCUCGACAUUUGUGUCCAGCCGUUCUGACCGGCGCAAGGACGACGCUGCCAAGCAGCAGCGGCCGGAGGACUUCAUGGAUGAGGAGGACCUGGCUGCUGCGGCUGAGGCGCAAAAGAUCCAGACGUCUGAUGCGUUUGCCGGAAUAGGUGGCGUGACGCGCGGCAACGGGGAGCGAGGUCUGGCCGGACUGUUCCGUACACAGGGCGAUACCAUGGGGUUGAGACUCCUGCGCAAGAUGGGCUGGAAGGAUGGUCAGGGUAUAGGACCCAAGGUACGACGUCGCGCUCGACUCGACACGAGCAAGGCCAAUGCCGACGAUAAGACAUAUCUCUUCGCUCCCGACGAUGUGACCAUGAUCCAGCUCGACCGCAAGAAAGACCGCAAAGGCCUCGGCCACCAGGGCGUACCGACGCUGUCGCCGAUGGCCCGGGUACACCGCGACGACGAUGGCGACGAUGAGGCGACUAGCGGAGGCCGCCCCAAGUUCUCCCUCGUGGCCGACAAGAAGAAGGGACUCAAGCCCAGCAGGACUGGUAUAGGCGUGGGCGUCCUCAACGACAACGGGUCCGACGAAGAGGACCCCUACGAGAUUGGCCCGAGGAUCAAGUACAACCGCGUCAUUGGCGGGGACAAGAAGAAGAAGAAGCAGAAGAAUGCAAAGGCCGCCGUGAACCCCUCAAUCGGAAGCACUCCUGUAUUUGUUCCCAAGACUGCCAGGGCCGGUGGCGGUCUGGGCCGAUGCCACGACGGCCGCCUACCUCUCGAUGGGUUUGUGCUGGCCAAGCUGACGGAGGAUUUUGCAUCACUCCUGUCUCAGUACCUGCCGCCCGCGGUGCCCGAGGGGUGGACGUCAGCAGUGAAGCAGGGUACGAGCACGGACGAGAACAGAGCAUAUGCAUCUACUUCCGAUACCGCCAAGGCCUCCACUCUCGACCCCAAAGCUCGCGCGGCACUGCUGGGAGAGAAACAGCUGCCGGGAAAAUCGGUCUUCGACUACAUAUCCCCCCUAGGACGCGACAAGCUGGCUACAGCCGCAGGCCGCACCGACCUGCCCCAAGGUAUGGGCGAGGUACCGGAAGAAUACCGCCUGUCAGAGCACGAGAAGCUCAAACGCCUAUGGAGCCAGGUUCCCAAGCUGGAUCGUGAGACGGCUGUGGCCGCCCUGUCGAGGAGUGCCGGCGGGCCCUACGCAGACGACGAGGCCAAGAAGGCCCGGUACAGGGAAUACCUGGAGGGUCAGGCUGACGACCCGGAACAGCAGCGCGCGAAGCCGCGGGGCAUGACGGAUGACGAGUAUCUACGUGAGAUGGGAGAGUUCUACAACUGCGCCAGGAUAUUUAAGCCCAUGACCGGAUUCAUGGCGUCACGAUUCACAACGGCCAAAAAGACUUCGGGUCGGGGUCCGGAUGUAGCAGAUGCAAAGGAGGCGACGCCGGAGAAGCAGGUGGGUGAUCCGGCCGAAGAGGCGGCGCGCAUGGGCAUGUACGGCAAUCUGACGAGGUCGGUGGCCACCUUCUAUCCGACCAGGUUACUGUGCAAGCGGUUCAAUGUCCGGCCACCUGCGCAUGUGAAGCCGGACAAGGAGGCUGGAGAUGCAGGUCCGAGAUCGGGUCCUUCCGAUCAUGGGACGGAUGCUGCUGCUGCACCACUGGCGGCAUCACCGCCGGCAUCAACAGGACCCGCUGCUGCUCCUACUGCUGCAGCCGAACCCGAAGUCGAUCCGGAUAGGAACGACGCGAAGUCCACCAUCUCCUCUUCGGGACCAUCUGAGUCCUCCCCUUCUCCUUCGGUGGCUUCUUCCACUCAUUCUUCGAACCCCGACGCCGUCAUCGCCGCCUCCUCCGCCGCGCUGGACAACGACGAUAGCGUCGAACGCGAACGAUCUCCUCCUCCGCGGUACCCUGCCUCCGAGUCUUCUUCCUCAUCACCUAGGCCUCCUCCGCCCUUCUCGUCGCUCUUUACCUCUUAUUUCCCCGCUCCCGAGGCAUCUUCGUCGUCUCUACCCCCGCCGCUAGCGUCGUCGUCCUCUGGCCCUCUCGAACAGGUCGCUGCAGCUUCCUCGCCUGCCUACGAAGCCUCCGCCUCCGCCUCUGGCUCUUCCCCGAGCCGUGACCACUUUGCCGAGACAAAGAAACUCUUACCGCGCGAUACAAAGCCCCCGACCUCGAAGGAUCCCGCCGACGACGCUGAACCUCCGCCUGCCUACGAGGAGGGUGAUAGUCCUCUACUCUCAUUUACAUACGUCAUGGCCGCCGCAGGAGGUGCCUCGAGCAUCAUCACCCAAGUCCAGCAGGGUGGACCGCCUAUCAACUCCAUCGGAGAUGUCGGUGCCGAUGAAACUAUUGCCAUGGACCUCAGGGGUACUCGCUUUGUCCUCUCGAGGGACGAGCUCCUGACCCUUCCUGAGUUUGUCCUCCUGUCCCUCUUCCCCAACGGCCUGUUCCCCGAGGGACACAUGGGCGGGCUGUCGGAGGGUGAUGCCGUCCAGGUUGACUACGACCCGGCAUCUCUCCAGUACAUGCUCGACUUCUUCCGCGAUGUGGCCCAGACGAUACCCUCGGACGGAUCUCCUGGCGCCUCUCAGGAUGGCGACGUCGGCGCCGUUGAGCCCAUGGGCGACUCCAAGAGGGCCGGCAUCAUUGUGCUCCGCGAGGACCUCGACUUCUACGCCAUCCCACCGUCAAAGGACAUCAGCCCCGACGAGAUGCUCGAGGUGAAACGCGCGGCCGCCCGCGUCCUGCAGAGCCAGGCCGGCAUCUUCACGGGUCUCAAGCGCGGCGACGAGCCCGGCACCACCGAGGCCCACCUCAUCGAGAUGCUCACGGCCGGCGGCUUUGACCGCGCCGACCACUGGGGCCACCGCGCGGGAGAGCCGCACAAGGCCGUCAUCUGCAGCCUCGCCCUCGCCCGUCUGCGCAGCGACAUCCGCGGCAACGACGUCGGCGGGAACGCCGUCGGUAUGGCCCAGAAGCUCCUCCUCUUCUGGCGGAAGCCCGCCCGCCGCUGCUGGUGGGAGGGCGUCGAGCUCGACGAUGUAGAUGGUGUAGAGGGCAAGCUCAAGGUCUGGAUCCGUCGUGUCUGGACCCUUGAGAUGAGCGUCAUCGGACUGAGGUGA